GGAUUCCGUUCUUCUCAUUAAAUAUUUCCUGCUGAAUCGUGGUGUUUUUAUAUUAGCUUCUCAGUGCCAGAAUGAGUGCUUUAAUUGGAAUAGAAACGCUGAUUAUAACGGCAAUUAUUCUCCUACUUUAUGCCAGUUGGCGCUUGCAGCAAAAGCAAAAAUACUAUCGCAAUGUAACUUCAAAGUUGCCUACCAUUGGUGGUAUUCCUUUUAUUGGCAAGCCUAUCAUGUGAUUGAUAUGGGGAAAUUGCUCCAUAAAGUUAGUGCUGGGUUUGAUACUAUGAAGACAUUAACGGGUUGCGUAUGGUUGGCAACAACGCCGUAUAUCCUUACCGUCGAUCCUGAGGUUAUCAAACAUGUCACAACUUCACCAGAGUUGCUCAACAAAGCCAGAGACAUUUAUACACACUUUGCCGACGGUGCAAUAAGUGGUAUCAUCGUGAGUCCAGCAAAGAAAUGGAAAACCAAUCGCAAGGCUAUAAGCCCUUUUCUUGCACAUAAUAAUAUCACUGGUUUGUUUCCUUACUUCAAUGAGAAUGCAAAAAAUUUGAAGAAUAAACUAACAAGAUUGGCUGGACAAGGUGAACAGGAUAUUUUUACAAGUAUCAAAGAAUGUGGUUUACAACUGAGUCUUUUAACCAUUAUGGGUAUAAAGGUAGAAGAAGGCAGUGAGAAGCACAAG